GAAUCCUCCACCGCCGCCGUUUGCCCUUCCAUCGCUGGUUUGGGUUAACCCUCCAAGCCAUCAGGAGUUGACUGCAAGAGCUGGCUAUCUGGAGGUCAAGUCGGGGGAUGCAGACCAUGCUCAUCGGUGGUUUUGCCACAACUGCGGGCAGGAGAAUCAGCCGUCUAAAAAUUUACUGGUGAACCUGCAGCCGCUUGGGUGUUCCGGCUGUGGUGAACAGAAUCCAACAUCAUUUGUCUGGAGUAUAAUCGAGAGUGUCGUCAAUGAAAUCGAACUAGACCUUGUCAUACGCGACCAGGGAGAUCACCGAACAUGCACUGCGCAUGCCCUAAUCGCUGGGAUGGAUCUGAAAAGGAGAAUUUAUGGGGCUCUGUUUGGACUUUACGUUCCCCAAGAGUUGGAUAUUAGGGAUCUGCUCAUGAAAUUUUUUUGGCGUUUCGGUGAGGUUCUUGGUCAUGAGAAAACUCGAGAUCUGAUAUCGCACAGAAUUCACUGCUUAAUGAGCAUUGCACAAGUUGAAGGCGUGGGCUACGAAAAUGCUUCUGCAAUGGUCCCAGAUGUGUAUCCGGUGGCUCCCCUGGGCAGAGUGUUGAAAGUUGCUGCUUGCUUCUUUGUCACCAAGGACAUGGUUGAUCGCAUCGUAAGGCUGCUGGCCGGUGGGUUCCCUCUGGUGACCGCCGUGCCAACUGGCAGGUGCUUCCGCUACGUGGCAGCUGGACAGAUCUACAACGCGCCAAGCAUCCCCCAGAAUCAUGCUGUACUGCUAAUAGGUUUUGGAACAGCUCCUUGGCCUGGAGAUGAUUUUGCUCAGCAGAACAGUGCAGUUACUGCUAACUGGCCAACCGAUCCCACUACUGGCGACAAGCGUCUCAGGACGUUUUACAGGGCAAGAGGUUCUUCAGGCGAUCUACAACAUCCUGAUUACCAGCUGGAUGGGUUUGGUGGUGACUUUGACAUAUGGGCGGAAGACAUACAUGAGGUACUUUGGGGGUUCAAUCUGACUGAAGACAUCUCUUGGUGCUUGAGCCCGUAAUAUGUUGCCCCUGAACUUCCAUUGUGAAGCUAUGAAUUUGCUGUUAGAUAAGAAUUAUGAACUUUGUUAUGAGACUUGGGUAGUUCUUCCUCAUUAUGCACUGUAGUCCUGUGAGUUCUAUGUUGAACAAUAUUUUCAGUGUUUUUGCACUUUGGUCUGAGAUGGUGUAUCUAAUA